ACAAUGAAAGGAAAGUAAGAAACUGAAAUUUGAAAUUAAAAUUCGUGAGACACAUGAAUCUUUUCCCUCCUUUCUCUAAAUUAUGUUUUGUUUUCCCUCCAAAAGAGUGUGUAGUAUUUUAGCCAUUUCCUCUCAAUCCUAUGUUCUCUUUUUCCUGUUUUUGUUUUUGAUAAACCCUAACUCGCCCUUAUACUCAAAUCAGCCACCGCUGCCGUUAUCUCGCUGUUUGGUGGUCAACCAGAGCUCAGAGGGAUCUUUUGUUGUUAGAUUUUCAUCUGGAUACAAGUAAAACAGAUAGAUUAGAUCCAUUAGGUGGAGUUCAAAUUGAGGGAGACAAGAUGGCUGGCCAAUCAAACCAUGAGCUUUCACUGUUCUCAGCAGAGGAGCUUGAGUUCAUUGCUGAGGAUGAGAUCGUUGACAUUGUGCCUAAUCUCAAAAUGGGACCUCUCAAUUUCAUUUGUGGAGAUUUUGGCCCAUUUACGCCCCAGAUAGUUACUCAAGUACCGUUGUGGUUGGCCAUUGCUCUCAAGAAGAGAGGCAAGUGCUCCAUUCGGCCUCCCCAGUGGAUGUCCGUUGAGAAGUUGAGUCAAGUUUUGGAGGCAGAGCGAGACUCUCAAGAGAUGUCAGAUCAAUUGCCAUUUCAUUAUGUGGAAAUCUCAAGACUUCUUUUUGAUCAUGCCCGUGACAACAUUCCCGAUUUAUAUAUGGUGAGAUCUCUAAUAGAGGAUAUAAGAAAUGUAAGGUUUCAUAAAGUUGAAACCGACUUGGAGGCAUUUAAUGGUCGUACAAUUGCUGUCAAGAUAAAAAAUUUGUCUGCCAUGGAAGUGAAUAUUGUUCGUCCAUUUAUUGGAAGAGCUUUACAAGCAUUUUAUAAGCAUGAUAGUCCAGAGUUGAUACCAGACCCCGAGAGAGUUUCUGAUAGAAGACCCCAAGUUGUCAACAAUGCUCCCAGAAGACAAUUACGUCGAUAGUUAUUACGUCACAUUGGUCAGCUUUAAAGGUGCAUAAAUCGUGAGAGAUACUUCAUUCUUGUCUUCUCAUAAUUUUCUCAUAAUUAUUUGUUAAGAACAGGAAAAAACACUUGGGGAUGUACCUGGAUGUAGUUAAUUUUACAAGCAGAAUUAAUUAUUUAA